AGGAUGGUUUAAUACAAGAUUUCCUAUCAAUGGACACAUGUUAUAGAAUCUCAGAUAAGUAUCUUAUCGCUAUGGCUCUGAUGUACUUCAAACGUGCUGGCCUACAUAUGAGGGAAUACACACGGAUUAAUCUCUUCGUUGCUCUAUCUCUGGAAAAUAUGAAUACCCAAUCUCUAAUGCACACCCAUCUCUGGCUAGAUAGCCAGAUCAUGUUGAGGAAGCCUUCUCACUGGGCAUGGUCCCGCGAACGAGCCGCUCACCACAGUGGGGCGCUGAGGAGUUACUUGAAAACGGACAACGACUUGCUCCCUAGGGGGCCGGGGGUAACGCCCCCAGUCUGCCUUCUCUGUGCCUGCGAUCUGGUAGAAGAAGAUACGGAAACAGCUCCCUCCCGCAGCAGCGGGACGCCUGCCACGCCACCGACCCAGGAUUUGAACAGCUUCCCUCUUCUGACGGUAGAUCUGGAAACGGAUUAUAGCGUGCUGAUCCUGCAGGAAUCUGAUAUGGAGACGGAGGGAACAGACAAGGACGGCCAGUUCCUGGGCUAGCGUCCGGUGGUCAAGGCUCUUCUCCACACAGACAUUAUUUCCGUUCUCGUUGGACGU